UGCAGAGCGAAGUGCUAGCUAUGGGCUCCCGCGCCAGCGCUGGGAGCAGCAACGGGCGCAAUUUGCGCCAGCAGCUUCUUCUAUGUAUCACAUUCGCCAGGAUAAAUGCUCUUGUCCCCUUCGCGGAGCACGCGGCGCUCCGGCCCUGGCUCGACAGCCAGUCCUUCGGGUGCAUCGCCGGCGGCGGCGCGCUGCGCCCGCGGCUCGCGAGCCUCGACGACGGGGACCCCAUCGUGCUCGGCGUCAUGGAGGGCGGCGACGUCGACGGCGUCGCGAAGCUCCUGGCGGCGUCCUUCGCGCCGAGCGUCGUCGUCGAGUACUCGGGCGGCGAGGAGCCGACGUGGGAGGACGCGGCGCUCGGCGCCGUCGCGUCGGCGGCGCGGUCCUACGACGUGGCGGAGUACGCCUUCGGCCUGCGGGCGCGCUGCGGCGCGCGCCUGCGGCGGCCCGAGGUCGCGGGCGCGUCCACCGGCGACGGCGACGCCGUCGUCCUGCUGGCCGCGCGGCGGAGCGGGUCGGAGUGCGUCGGCGCCGUCGAGCUGCGGCUGCGGGACGCGGACGGCGCCCACCCGACGCCGCUGCCCGCCUUCGACCGGCUCGCGGGGCUCCUGAAGCCCGGGCGGCCCGCGGCGCCGCCGCGGCCCUACGUCGCGAACGUCUGCGUCGCGGACCGGUGCCGGCGCCGGGGCCUCGCGCGCGCGCUCGUGUCCGCCGCGGAACACCUCGCGGGGCCGGCGGCCUGGGGCUACGACUCCGUCUUCCUCCACGUCCACCGCGACAACGUCCCCGCGCUCGAGCUCUACGACACCGCGGGCUACGACCGCCUCGAGGCGCUCGACGUCGCCCCGCUGCGCUACCUCUACAAGCCGCUCCGAAGCGACGCGCCGGACGUCGCGGAGCGGCCCAGGUGGCACUCGUUCUUCUCGAACGUCGAGAGGAAGUGGACGAAGAAGGUGUGCGCGCUCGGCGUGCGCCAGGCGAACAUGCGGCCCGACUUCGACUGGUGGAGCGGCGGCCAGAGCAGGUCGAAGAUGCGCGCCGCCGCGGUCGAGGCCUCGCGCACGGUCGGGAGCAGCUCGUCGCACGCGAGCCCGAACGUGUCCGUCGGCUUCGGGUCGCUGUAG